AAAAGAUUGGAGAUAGAUGCACCAUGCGGUGACGAAACACGUGCCCUUAUAUCUGUAAUCAAUUUAUAACCCUAAUCCCCUCAAUCGGGUGAGGCUCGUACCUCUGAAACCCUAGCCACCACCCAACUCUCAACCCCCAAAGAAAGAAACCCUCAACCGAUUCUUAUCGUCCCACCACCAUGGCCAAGAAGCGAAAGUCUCGUGCUUCACAACCUUCCGUGGAAGAACCAGUACCUAAGGAGGAGCCUCAAGAGCAGAUCAUUGAACCACAACAGCAACAGGAAACUAUCGCCAAUAAUGAUGUCGUUAAAGAGGAGGAGCUAGAGCAAGAAGCUGACGAAAUCGCUCAUAAUCUGGAGGAGAAUAAAGUAAAAGAUGAACAAGAAGAAGAAGAAGGAGAAGAAGAGGAUGAAGAAGAUCCUCAGGACGAUGACGAAGAAGAAGAAAGCGAAGAAGAAGCCACCGUAAACGACGUCAAGGUCGAAACCAACGGCGAUGGAGGAGAAGAAACCGAGGAUUUGGAGGACGAACCCGUAGAGAACCUUCUUGAGCCGUUCUCAAAGGAACAAUUAGUCUUACUGCUCAAGGAGGCCGUUGCAAAGCACCCUGAUUUGAUUGAAAGCGUUCAGAAGAUCGCUGAUGCGGACCCUGCCCACAGGAAGAUAUUUGUGCAUGGUCUAGGUUGGGAUACAAACGCUGAGAUUCUAACGAGCGAGUUUGGCAAGUAUGGCGAGAUCGAAGAUUGUAAGGCUGUGGUAGAUAAGGUCACCGGAAAAUCUAAAGGUUAUGCCUUUAUACUCUUCAAACACAGGGCCGGAGCUCAGAAAGCUUUGAGGGAACCUCAGAAGAAGAUCGGUAACCGCAUGACCUCAUGUCAGUUGGCUUCUGCUGGUCCAAUCCCAGCUCCUCCACCAACCGUACCUCCGGUGUCAGAGUACACUCAAAGGAAAAUAUUCGUGAGCAACGUGUCUGCGGAGAUAGAUCCUCAGAAGCUUUUAGAGUUCUUUUCCAAAUAUGGGGAGGUUGAGGAUGGGCCAUUAGGAUUAGAUAAGCAGACUGGAAAGCCUAGAGGGUUUGCUCUCUUCGUCUAUAAGAGUGUGGAAAGUGCCAAAAAGGCUCUGGAAGAGCCCCACAAGGUCUUUGAAGGACACAAUUUGAAUUGCCAAAAGGCUGUUGAUGGUCCAAAGCCAAACAAGCCUUACUUUCAACAACAACAUCAACAUCACAACCAUCAUCAACAUCACAACCAGCAUCAGCAUCAACAGUAUGGUGGUGGUGGUGGUGGUGGUCAUCAUUACCCUUCAAAAAAGGGCAAGUACAACAACUCAGGUGGCGGUGGUGGUGGUGCAGGACAAGGUCAUUUGAUGGCACCUUCUGGACCAUCAGUGGGUGGUUACAACCCUGCUGUUCCUCCGGCAUUGACUCCUGCUUUGGGGCAGGCGUUGACUGCACUUCUUGCGACUCAGGGAGCUGGACUCGGGAAUCUUUUAGGACUUGGUGGACCUCCACAGGGGAUGCCACCUGCGAUGAACAAUCCUGGAUAUGGAAACCAGGCAGGUGGGAGCUAUGGUGGUCUACCAGGGAUGCAGGGUGGUUACCCUAAUCCACAGCUUGGUCAAGGAGGCAACAGGCCGCCACAAGGUGGUGCACCUUACAUGGGCCAUGGUCACUAGUAACUCCAUGUGGGAAGAAAGAUGAAUUCUCAUUUCAGUCAUUUGUUGCAGUAACUUUUGAUUGAAGUCCCAUGCCUUGCAGUUAGCUGCUAUUUCCUUUUGACUUGAUGGACUUAAUGGGGCCUAACUUUUUACAAAUUUGCCCUCUUUUCUCCAAUAUUAUUUAAAAUCAUCUAUAACACUUGAUGGAAAAAAGAGAAGACAUUUCCAUGAUAUAUGAAGAUUAUGUAUGUGUGUUUAUGUGUAUACUUGUAUUUGAUUUAAGAGCAUAACUACGUAGUGUUUUCGGUUUUCACACCUGCAUAUCUAAACUUUUGUUUGGCAACACUAUUAUUAUAUUUGAAGAAAUGUUUUUUUUGCAUAUGAAUUUUUGGACAAGUAAUAAAGUCAUGAAUAUGAUGGUUUUUCAGUUUCAGUUAAAGCAAAGAGUUUUCAGCUGGGAAUCUUGUUUUCUGAAAUAAAGAUUUUUUUUUAUAAUGCAAAUAUUUAUUGUGCAGAUUCCAUUCCAUUCCAUCAUGUUUUUGUUUUGGACUCCUGCUGAUUCUUCUCAAGUUCCGGCAUGCAAAUGAAGUGUUUUCUUUCUAAUAUUAUGUUGUAGCAAAAAAGUAACCAUUUGCUUAAAGAGCAGAAUCGUUAAACCUGUAUUUCCCUAUUUUCAGUUACAAUUACUAUUUUGAAACUAUGUAGUAGUAUCUCUUUCACUUUUAUUAAUUAUUCUCCUAAAAAUUGUUUGACUUUAACUCUCAUAACUAGUUUUAAUUGCACGUAUGGUUGUAUACCUUUUUUUUUUCUUUGUUUUUUUAAACUAUGAUUGCAAAUGGGGUGUUAUUAUUUGGCUUACUUUUGUUGGCUACUUUUUCUGUAUGCUUGUUGUGGUUUAGAAUGAAAGUGUCUCACUGUAGCUUGGCCUUCAAAUUCAACUGGUGAAUUAAAUCAGUUUAUCCAAAGGCAAAGAAGGUGAAGCACCUGAGUGAGACCUCAUUUAUGGAUUUCAGAAUAUCUGUAUCUGUAGCUGAAGAAAGGUUAAUAUUUGGAGCCUUACACUUUGAAGACUACUGAAAAGAGGCCUACGCCACCGCUGCUGAAAAAAGGGGGCUAGCGGCUGGGUAAUCAACGGUGGAAAAGGGAUGCCAUGGGAAGGAGAUGGCCGGCAAGUAAAAAGAUGGUAGGAGUAGCUUUUAAAUUCUUUAUGUAAAAGGUUGAAGGUUGGUUGAUCCAUAAUAUAGUAAGUAUUAUGUUAGGUGAUGUAAUUUUGAACGUAUGGAAUUUGUAGUUGUCAUGUCAAAAACGCUUGUCUUGUGUGGGAAUGGAAGAGUAAUAACAUAUUUUUCUGA